AUGUCUUGUCCUCCGUGUUGUAAAUUUGAAACGGAUUGCGAACCUCCAACAAAGAAAACACGAUUUGUAAGUUUAACUGGUGACCAACUAGAUGAGAUUGAGGGAUUGAAGGACGAAAAAAAUAGAAAAAAUCAAACAGGAUGGGGAAUAAGAAUUAUGAAAGACUGGCUAAGAUCAACUGGGAAGAACCCUGAAUUCGAGCAUCUGAGUGUUGAAGAUCUCAACAAUGUUUUACGACAGUUUUAUGCUGAGAUGCGGAGUCAAGCAGGAGAGAAAUACGGGAGAUCGAGCCUCGGUGCAGUGCGAGCGGCGAUCAACCGACUUAUCAACUCACCACCAUAUAAUCGCAACCUGAACAUUAUGCAAGACCGUGAAUUCAACACUGCCAACAAAACCUUCAAAGGUUUAAUUAAACAACUUAAAAUAGAGGGACUUGAUAAAGUUGAACACAAAAUAGCAAUCUGCAGGGACGAUUUGAAGAAGUUGGUCGACACCCAACGUGCUAUCGACAAGUAA